AUGGGCGCUGCUGAAACUUGGUUAUAUCUUUCCCCAUUGGCAAAGUUCCCAGGGCCGAAGUUAGCAGCCGCGACUCUAUGCUCUCCGCGGGAUAAGUACCCAUAUUAUCUGAAACCAUUCGGAUUUCCGCUAUCCGCCUUUGGAACGGAGAAUCACUAUCAACACCGUCGUCGUAGAGGUGCAUUGAACCCAUUGUUUUGUAAUGGAAAAGUUGCACAACGUGAAGGUCUUGUCCAUCAGCUUGUCCACAGACUUUGCCAAUACUUGGAGCAAUUCCGGGUCACUGGCAAGACAGUGCCACUGUCGCUUGGAUAUACAUGUUUGGCGACGGACCUAAUCGUUUCAUACGUACUAGAUGAAAACCAACAAUGGCUCGACGCACCUGGGUGGCUUCCACAUUGGAGGUGGGCGUUGCGAACUUUAUCAGAAAUGGUGAUGGUAUCUAGGCAGGUCACCUGGUUACUUGAAAUUUUAAAACACUUCCCUCGAGCCUGGGUAGCCUCCUCGAACCCUGGUCUGGGCUUGUUUUUUGAACUGGAAGAACGAUUUCGUCGUAAGAUUGAUGAAAUACAAAUAGACAGAGGUAGAGGCUCUCAGCGUGCGGAAACGGAAAUAUCAAAGGGAUACACGUUGAUCGACCAAAUCCUUGAUUCUAAUUUGGAAGUUGAAGAGAAAACCCCUGAGCGAAUUCUCCAAGAAAUCCGAUCUACAACAGCUGCGGGGAUUGAAACAACGUCAAACGCGCUAACUGUCAUAACAUACUAUCUUCUCGACAAUCCAGACAAGCUCCAAAAACUUCAAAACGAGCUUUCCAUUUUGGAAAACGGUGGCAAUUCUGAGCAGCAAGUCCACGAGCUGGGAAAGCUUCCAUACCUGACUUCGGUCAUCCUUGAGGGAUUGCGGUUGUCGUACGGAGUAAGCACACGGCUGCAACGGAAGUCGCCUGAGAAAGCAAUUCAGUACAAAAAUUACUGUAUUCCUCCAGGAACUCCCGUUGGAAUGACAUCGGUUCUCAUGCACCACAAUGAAGCCAUCUUCCCAGACUCAUGCAAGUUUGUUCCAGAGCGCUGGCUGGACCUGCAGGAACGAAAGCGACUUGAGAGAUACCUGGUGUCCUUCGGGAAGGGUUCUCGGCGAUGCGUUGGGCAACGUCUAGCGCAGACGACACUGCUUAUCGCAAUCGCUACUAUUUUCAGGACGUUUGAACUUCAGCUGUGGGGUACGCUAAAGAACGAUAUUGAGAUUAGCCAUGACCUUUUUGUCCCAAGGCCAAAGAACACGAAAUCGAUUGGUUUACAAGUCCGGGUCUUGAAGAAGUACUAG